UAAAUGUUCAGUCAUUGGCUCUAACCUUGAGGCUCUAUACUGCACAGUCAGCACUGAAGGUCAGUUGGUCUGUUUGUUGGUAAACUGCUUUGGGCCAAUGGAGGCUGAGAAAUGCUGCCCUCAUGUUUUUGGCCCUGCUCGUCACACAGCACUCUAUAUAUACACCAUCAUUGGCUGCUCUUUGUUUUUUCUUCACUUGGGGUCUGUGUGGAGAAGGCAGCAGAAUGGUGUCCCAGGGGAUUCAGAUGAUGGGAAUCUGCAUGUCUGUUAUUGGGUGGCUGAUGGUGUUGGUGGUGUGUGCUCUGCCCAUGUGGAAGGUAACUGCCUUCAUUGGGGCCAACAUCAUCACAGCUCAGACCAUCUGGCAGGGCAUGUGGAUGAACUGUGUGGUGCAGAGCACGGGGCAGAUGCAGUGUAAGGUCUAUGACUCCAUGCUGGCACUGCCCCAGGACCUGCAGGCUGCUCGCGCCAUGAUCAUCAUCUCCAUCCUGGCUGGGAUAGCAGGAGUCCUCCUGGCCAUCGCAGGUGCCAAAUGCACCAAUUGCAUUGCAGAGGAGCGAGCCAAGGCCAAGACGUGCAUCGUGUCCGGAAUCCUGUUUAUUGUGUCAGGGCUGCUCUGUCUCAUCCCUGUGUCCUGGACCGCCAACACCAUUGUCCAUAACUUCUACAACCCCCUGGUGCUGGAAACCCAGAGGUAUGAGCUGGGAGCCUCCCUCACCAAGAUGGGGAGAGUAGGGAAGGAAGUAGCAGGCCAAGUCCUCAGCUUCAUCGGUCUGGUUGGUGUGUCUGUGACCUGUGGGGUGCCUAUGUGGAGGGUGACUUCUUUUAUUGGGGCCAACAUUGUGACGGGGCAGAUCGUGUGGGAUGGCCUGUGGAUGAACUGUGUGAUGCAGAGUACUGGACAGAUGCAGUGCAGAAUCAACGACUCCGUGAUGAGACUGACCAGAGACCUCCAAGCAGCACGAGCCCUCAUAAUUAUCUCCUUGGUGGUUGGAUUCAUUGGAUUUAUGAUUUCAUUCCUUGGUGCCAAAUGUACGAGCUGUUUGAAGAAGCAAGCAUCCAUGGCUAACGUUGUCAUCAUAGCAGGUUGCCUCAUAAUCUUAGCUGCUGUUUUGGAUUUAAUCCCUGUGUGCUGGUCAGCCGCCAUUACCAUCUCGGACUUUCAAAAUCCUCUGACCAUAGAAACACAGAGGAGGGAGAUUGGAGCGUCUAUUUACAUUGGCUGGGGAUCUGCAGCUUUUCUACUCAUUGGGGGAAUCAUCCUCACAACUUCAUGUCCUCCUCGAAGUCCGUUCUAUGGUUACCCACCACAACCUGGAGCAUACCCAUACAUCGCACCAUCAAACCAGGGCGGGUAUAGGCCAGUCUACACUCCAGUGAGCCAGCCAUACAGUGGAUCUUAUGUGCCCACUAAGCCCUAUGCAGCACCCUCAGCUUACUCUGGUGGACAAUACAUCUAAAAAGAAACUUUUAGUGAACAU